UCAUUCAGUCAUUCUAUAUCAUAUUUCACAUGUGAAACUUGAGUAUAGUUCCAAAACAUUUCACAGUAGAUGAAUAUGUGAUCUGUCUGGAUGAAAAUUUUCAUAAUUAAAAAAAAAACUAAAAAAUCUUUAGCAAAAAGAAUUUAGUUUAAUUUUUAUGCACCGUCUUUGUAAAAAAAUUUACACUGUUAGCACAUCACAUUCAAUCACGUGUCUGACUUAGAAUUGGUUAUUAUAAAAGUCAAAUAUUUCUAAUGAUCUGAAUGAUUGAUAGUGUAAAAAUUCUUUGCACCGUCUAUCACUGUAUGUGUGUUUGGGUGAAUCUUUGAAAAACAUAAUAUUGAAUUUGCAAGUAUGAUAUUAUGAUGUUGAUUUAUUCUUACUGCAAAGAUUCCAUCUAUAUCCUACAUCAUGAACUAACACAUUGUUGUAUAGGGUGGUAGUGGGACAGAACACAUGGAAGACUGAAGGACCCAUCUUCGGAGUUCUUAACAUUUUCUUCGGCUAUUAUUUAUGAUAACAACCGAACACAUCACAUUCAUGUUUUUCUUUUAUUGAUUCCUUUUCAUAUAAUUCUGUAAUAAUAAAACUUAAGCCACAACUCCUACACUUGCGUAAUUCUUGUUUCUGAGUUCUGAUAUUGCCAUGGACACUGAAAGAAAAAUGUCAACUCCUCUACUUUCUUCUGUUGGCGAUGAAGCUAGUUCGGUACCAACUAGAAUUCUUAUACUUACCACCCUUGUUGCUGUUUUUGGUUCUUAUGUUUUUGGAUCUGCUAUCGGGUAUUCAUCCCCUGCUCAAUCUGGAAUCAUGGAUGAUCUCAAUCUUGAUGUAGCUGAGUAUUCACUUUUUGGUUCAAUAAUGACAAUUGGAGCAAUGAUUGGAGCCAUUGUAAGUGGUAGUUUGGCAGAUUAUGCUGGUCGUCGAGUUGCUAUGGGGUUCUCUGAGUUAUGUUGCAUCUUGGGAUGGCUUGCCAUAGCAUUCUCAAAGGUUGCUUGGUGGCUUUAUGUUGGAAGACUAUUGGUAGGAUGUGGAAUGGGAAUUCUAUCUUAUGUGGUACCAGUUUAUAUAGCUGAAAUAACAACCAAGGAUCUUCGAGGGGGGUUCACAGCAAUUCACCAGCUAAUGAUUUGUUUUGGAAUAUCAUUAACUUAUCUUAUUGGAGCAUACUUGAAUUGGAGGCUUUUGGCUGUAAUAGGAACUCUUCCUUGUCUUGCACAGCUUCUGAGUCUAUCCUUUAUUCCUGAGUCUCCUAGGUGGCUGGCAAAGGUUGGUCGAUGGGAAAGGAGUCAGUCUACCUUACAGCGCCUUAGGGGAAGGAAUGCUGAUGUUUCUCAAGAGGCCACUGAAAUUAGAGAUUUUACAGAAACUUUUCAGCAGCAAACAGAAGACAGCAUUAUUGGAUUAUUUCAAUUGCAGUAUUUGAAGUCACUUACAGUGGGAGCUGGCCUGAUAAUAUUACAACAGUUUGGAGGAGUUAAUGGCAUUUAUUUUUAUGCAAGUUCUAUAUUUGUCUCCGCUGGGUUUUCCAAAAGUAUUGGAACAAUUGCAAUGGUUAUUGUUCAGAUACCAAUGACAGCUUUGGGAGUAAUUCUGAUGGAUAAGUCCGGAAGACGACCACUUUUACUGAUCUCUGCAUCAGGAACAUGCUUAGGAUGUGUCCUUGCAUCACUCUCAUUCUUUUUGGAGGACUCGCAUAGAUGGACGGAAUUCAGUCCCAUUCUUGCACUCGUCGGUGUACUAGUAUAUACAGGAUCUUUCUCACUCGGCAUGGGAGGAAUACCUUGGGUUAUAAUGUCUGAGAUAUUUCCCAUAAAUGUAAAGGGUUCUGCUGGAAGCUUUGUAACAUUUGUUCACUGGUUGUGUUCUUGGAUUGUAUCAUAUGCUUUUAACUUCCUCAUGACUUGGAGUUCAACAGGAACUUUCUUGAUAUUCUCUAGCAUAUGUGGCUUCACCAUUCUAUUUGUAGCAAAACUAGUACCAGAGACCAAGGGGCGUACUCUCGAAGAAGUUCAAGCGUCUCUUAACAAAAUAUCCAACAAAGAAGAUUUGAAUUUGGAAUGACCGUGUUUCAACAGAAUUGCAUUCAUAAUAAAUCCAAGAUGUUGCAUAAAAGUUCUGGAAACAAGUUCUGAAUGAAGGAAAUAACAAUCAACAAGUCUCUUUGUUGGUGACUGGUGUGACUAUGCAUUGCAUUGCAUUGCAUUCUAUUCUAUUCAAUGUUAGUAUCUCUUUAUGGGAUUUACUUUUUGCCAUCCAGCAGUUUCUCACGCGCCUUACAUAUUCCCCAUUUUACCCUUCCGCUACUUAAGUAGCGGACGUUAUAAAGGUAGAGUGUUUUGGGGUAUCCGCUACCUAAGUAGCGAACGGGAAUAUUUUGAUAAAUUCGUAGGGCGCGCGAGAAAAUGAGUAGGGUGGCAAAAAUAAAUCUUUUUAUUUAUAUCUUUGUUGGUUCGAGUCUGGCCUACAAUGAUCUAUAGGUUAAACAGACCAAUCCACAGCCAAUAACAAAAUAAAUAAAAUUUUUUAUUUGUAAAAGGAAAUAAAGAGAUCAAUAUUAUAUAGAAAUUUUUUUUUUUUUUUGAAAAGCUAUUAAAAUUUACUAUAUUGUUGAUAA